AGAUUUCUUAUAGUGGAGGAAGUGGUGGGCUGGUGGGGUUGGACGUCAUACCUUGAGCUUUCGGAUUUUUGUUAUAGCUCCACUACAACAACACGUACUUGAAGCCUAUUAAUUGUCGACAUUUAAGGGUUUGAGAUUGCUCUCAGAUACUCUCAUUAUUCAAACCCGCCAUUGUCCGUCUUCAUCAAUACUUUUAUACCCAAUUUAUAUUCUUUCAAGCUCAUCUACAACGCCCAAAAUGCCCGAUGCUCCAGAAGACCGCUCAUCCCUCGUGGACCGUCUCAUUCCUGAGAUGGCACUUUCUACAGCAGGGAACCCUCUUACUGCUCCUGCUCCGCCGGCAGACAAUCUAUCAAAUGCUCAAAGAGCGGACUUCCGAUUCACCGUUCCAGGAAACGCGAUUAUAACCGGCGGCGCAGGAACACUCGCCCUCGAAGCCGCGCGCGCCCUCCUCGAACACGGCUGCAAAGGCAUCGCCCUCUGGGACCUAAACCCAGACCAAUCCUUCGACGCGAUCAAGGCCCUCCAUAGCAAGUUCCCGGACCGACGCAUCAUCGCCGAAGCCGUCGACGUGCGCGACGCCGAGCAAAUAAAAUCCGCCGUCGAGUCGACCGUGAAGGUCCUCGGACCCAUCAGCACAUUAUGCUGUUUCGCCGGCGUGGUCGGCUGCACACACGCCAUCGACAUGACGCCCGAGCAGUGGCGCCGCACGCACGACAUCAACCUGACGGGCAGCUUCCUCUGCGCGCAGGCUGUCGCGAGACAGAUGAUUGAGCAGAAGUCGGGGGGCAGCAUCGUGUUUACGGCGAGUAUCUCUGCGCAUCAUACCAAUUUCCCGCAGCCGCAGGUUGCGUAUAAUUCGUCGAAGACGGCGCUGCUGAGCUUGACGAAGAGUCUGGCGUGUGAGUGGACGGUGCAUGGGAUUAGGGUGAAUAGUAUUAGCCCCGGGUACAUGGAUACGAUCUUGAAUGAGGGGGAUGGUCUGGAGAGGGCGAGGACGAUUUGGAAUGAGAGAAAUCCUACGGGCCGGAUGGGCCAUCCUUGGGAACUUACUGGUCCCUUGAUUUUGCUUUGCAGUAAUGGUGGAAGGUAUAUUAACGGGACGGAUUUGAUUGUCGAUGGAGGGGCGAUGGCACUGUAACUGAAGGCCGUCACUCGGUCACGACGUAAUUAGAUGAACAAAAAGGUAUAAAAAUUGAAGACUAGCUGAUGUGCUAGUCACACAUUGGAUAUAAGAGUGCUGAUGUAGAAAGCCUGGUCUGUCGAGCAGGACUCAGCAUGAAUGACCGCCUCCGAUCCAUUAUAUACUC